AUGUCAGAUAUCCGCACACGCAUACCUUGUAGAGAGAUCACCUCUCUUAGUAAGCUCUACGACGUGCUGACGAGUGAAUACGGAAACAUGCACUAUAAGUUGGAGACAGAAAAGAACGACCAUGGUGAGUUGUUCUGGGUGGUUGGUGUCUCGUGUCAUUUUGCGCGUGAUGUGCGAGAACUUUUGAUCACGAAGGGAGUUCUUCGACAGCCUGCGAGACCACGGGGGUUUACGGCAGUAAAUGGACCAAAGACUCAUGGAGAUUCAUUGACUGACGUGAUUGAUCUCACUGGGGAUGAUUCGGAUGAGGAGACUCCCCCGGCUCAUGAGAGUACAACCCCAGUAAAAACAAGAGAUCUGCCUCCCCGAUCACGCCAACGUCUUCCUGACACGGAAAAAACGCCAAACUGCAUUACCAAAUCAUUACAGACCAAUAAAACACAACAGAGCAUUGGCACACGGAUCGCAGAACAACAUGGCCGAGCUGAACAAGGACCAAUCGCAACAUGCAACAGCGCAGUCGGCCAAGAAGACCGUUCAACAGGGAGGAUCCCAAUAUCAAUGCUGCUUGGGGAGCCUCACACUUGA